GGGCUUUAGCUGAAGGGCCGGCGGUGGAAAAGAUGGCGGCGGCUCCGGGCCCCCGUGGAUGGUGGCAGCGGUGGGGACCUGGCUUGGCGGCUCGGGAUGGGUCCAAGAUGUUGCUCCUGCUCCUUUUCUUGGGGUCUGGGCAGGGGCCACGGCAUGCCGGGGCGGGUCAGACGUUCGAGUACCUGAAACGGGAGCAUUCGCUGUCGAAGCCCUACCAGGGUGUCGGCACGGGCAGUUCUCCACUGUGGAAUCUCCUGGGCAGUGCCAUGGUGAUGACCCAGUGUAUCCGACUUACUCCAGAUGUGCAAAGUAAACAGGGUGCCCUGUGGAACCGGGUGCCAUGUUUCCUGAGAGACUGGGAGUUGCAGGUGCACUUCAAGAUCCACGGGCAAGGGAAGAAGAACCUGCACGGGGACGGCCUGGCCAUCUGGUACACGAAGGAUCGGAUGCAGCCAGGGCCUGUGUUUGGAAACAUGGACAAAUUUGUGGGGCUGGGAGUAUUUGUAGACACCUACCCCAAUGAGGAGAAGCAGCAAGAGCGGGUAUUCCCCUACGUCUCAGCCAUGGUGAACAACGGCUCUCUCAGCUAUGAUCAUGAGCGGGAUGGGAGACCUACGGAGUUGGGGGGCUGUACAGCCAUUGUCCGCAACCUCAAUCAUGACACUUUCCUUGUGAUUCGCUACGUCAAGAGGCAUUUGACGAUAAUGAUGGACAUUGAUGGCAAGCAUGAGUGGAGGGACUGCAUCGAGGUGCCCGGCGUCCGUCUACCCCGUGGCUACUACUUCGGCACCUCCUCCAUCACUGGGGACCUCUCGGAUAAUCACGACGUCAUUUCCCUGAAGUUGUUUGAGCUGACGGUGGAGAGAACCCCAGAAGAGGAGAAGCUGCAUCGAGAUGUGUUCUUGCCCUCGGUGGACAACAUGAAGCUGCCCGAGAUGACAGCCCCGCUGCCACCGCUGAGUGGCCUGGCCCUCUUCCUCAUUGUCUUUUUCUCCCUGGUGUUUUCUGUGUUUGCCGUUGUCAUUGGUAUCAUACUCUACACCAAAUGGCAGGAACAGAGUCGAAAGCGCUUCUACUGAGCCCUCCUGCUGCCGUGACUCUCUAACUGUCCCCGGGGAGCUGUUGAGGGCAGGCGCUGAUCUGAGCACGCAGCCUGGUGGCUCUUCGCCAAGGCUCCAACAGCUGGUUGGGGACUGUGUUCUGUCACUGGAGCUUUGAAUGCAGGGACACCCCUGGGGCCCUCUGGCUCUGGUUCAGGACCCCACCGCCCCAGGGCGGUGCUGCUGUGAUGUGCCUUUCCCUGCAGUCCUUCCAGUUGUAAUGCCAAAAUCACAAAAAAACAUUUCAAUUUCAUAGCCCAAGUUGCCUGUUGUUGGACUCGAGGACCCUUGGACUUCCUUUUUAAAUCCUCAGAGUAGAAAACCGGUAACUCGUCGUCCCUUCCAGCUGGCCAUUCAUUGGCUUUUGCAGUUUGCCCCAGCCUCUGUCCACUUGAGGAGCUUCUCUUGGAAAUCUGGGUGAAAACAUCUUCCCUGCCUGGCCUUCCUCUCUCCCUCCCAUUCACCGUCCUCUCUAAACGCAAGCUGAGCUGGAAAAGACAUUGGGAUGCCUCUCUGCUGAGGCUGGGGCUACGGGACAAACUUGUGUUCACUGACCUGCAUUUUCUUAGGUGGCUAUAGAGAGAGGACUUGAUCUGCUUUGGCUCACCGCUCCAGCCUUUGUUCUCUCGUGAGCCUCGGGUCUGUUGGUGCGCCCGUGACCACCCCAGUCAGGUCCCUGCAGGCCCUCAGUUGGGUUGGGCUGAUGCCUGGCAAGCAGGGCACCUGAAGCUUAGACAACUGUGUGGACAUCCUGAGAUUCACUGUGAAGCUGACCCGCUCCAGGCUUUGGCACUGAAUGCAGCGUUUGCCAUGUGGUCUGUCCAUUUGGAGACGUUUCUGAACUCUCUGGAGCCUGCUUAGCUGCAUGUUUUGUGCUUAUCGUGAUUUUUGGAACCCCACUUUGAGAGUUAAAAAUGUAAGGAAGCUUUCUUCUUACAGCCUGGACUUGGAAACUCCCCAGAGAAGAAAUCUGGCUUCUUUUCUUACUGGACAAGAAAAAGUUGCUGUUCUCACUUUGCAAGUCUGGGGAGCAACAGGCCCUCAUUGUGCCUGAAAGAGUGUGUUGUCACUGAGCAACAGAGCCCGAGUGUCACCCUCUAUGUGUCAGUCCUUUUUCUACUGCCUUAUCUGACAACGGGUCAUACGUUGCUCACCUGUCCACCCCAUGAUUAAAUUGAUUUACAGGCCAGCGUCUCCCUGGAGGACCUGGAACUCUGAGGCACUCCUAGCCACGUACUUCUAUAAACCCGUUGCCAUCAAGUCUAUUUCGACUCCCAGCAACCCUACAGGACAGGGUAGAGCUGCCCCAAGAUUUCCAAGGCUGUAAAAUCUUUACAGAAGCAGACCGCCCCAUUUUUCUCCUGCAGAGCAGGUGCUGGAUUUGAAACAUUGACCUUUUGGUUAAUAGCCAAGGGCUUAACCACUGCACCACCUGUGCUCCUUCGUACUCUGUAGCCUAAGGGAAAUUCUUAAAACGGCUGAUGAAGCCAAACGUGGACUUCUGACUCCAUAUCCUUCCUUUUAGAGGUGGGUCUUGGGGAAGGGCCAGAAUUUUUUCCUGAACCCAAGCCCAUCAAACCUUGGCCUGCCUUCUCCUGGAUCGGGAAGGCCCUUAGCCCAGCCCAGAAGGAAAGGAAGGGUCACCUUGGCCGGGUAUAGGUUUCUGUUUUCUAGAGCCUUCUUAGAUCCUUCCCCAGGUGUUGAGUUAAUCAUCACAGACUGGAGUGCUCUCCUGCAGGUGGGAUUAAAAUGGGCUGAGGCUGACAUGAGCCUCUUUCCACCUUCUCCGCAAUAGCAGAGAGGCUCUGGAUGCUGGAGGAUAAACUGUGACCUAUAGCUUGGUGUUUAGACCAGGUAGAAAUGAAAAAUCAAAUGGCUGUUUGUCUUUUUUGAGUUCAAGGGGAAAUUGGAUGGGUCUGUGUGGUGGGAGGACCUAGGUGGGCACUUGAGAUGGCCAAGGCAGUGUGGAGGUGGGGGCUUUCAUUGGACUAUGUGUGUGAGAGAUCAAGCCCAUGGCUUUUGUAUGAUUGCAGCUCAUGAGCUCCUGGGAACUUUAAAGAGGCCAGAGAACACAUGAGGUGCAGCCUCUACACAGUCUGGGGAUACCCUUAUAAAACUGUGUGGCAUAAGAAAACAACUUGACCUAGCAUUGUAUAUCCU